AUCGAUGUUUCUUUCAGCUCUAUCACGCCUUGAACAAAUUUGUUUGUCAUUCCGCUCAGCAAAAAUAAAACUUAAGUUGUGCUUGUGAAUAUAAUUGAAACAAUAAGCACAGACAAUGGAUUUGGAUAAUGCUCGCGAUCUGCCCCGUGCUGGUUUCAAUUUCGACAACUGCAAGCGCAAUGCAAAUCUUAUGAAGGGAGGCUACAAGCCACCAACCACCACCAAAACGGGAACCACAAUUGUUGGCAUUAUCUUCAAGGAUGGCGUUAUCCUGGGAGCCGAUACGCGAGCCACCGAAGGACCCAUCGUCUCAGACAAGAACUGCGCCAAGAUUCAUUACUUGGCCAAGAAUAUAUAUUGCUGCGGAGCUGGAACUGCUGCGGAUACAGAGAUGACAACGGAUCUAAUCUCGUCCCAGCUGGAGCUGCAUCGCUUGCAAACAGAGCGCGAAGUACAGGUGGUGGCCGCUAAUGUUAUGCUGAAGCAAAUGCUCUUCCGCUACCAGGGUCACAUCAGUGCCGCCUUGGUGCUCGGCGGAGUGGAUAAGACCGGACCUCACAUCUACUCUAUUCACCCACAUGGCAGCUCGGAUAAACUGCCGUAUGCUACCAUGGGAUCGGGUUCCUUAGCCGCUAUGACCGUGUUCGAAAGUCGCUGGAAACCCGACAUGACUGAGGAAGAGGGCAAGUUGUUGGUCCGCGAUGCCAUCGCCUCUGGAGUGUUCAAUGAUCUGGGUUCGGGAUCUAACAUCGAUCUGUGUGUGAUCCGCAAGGGCAGCGUGGAAUAUCUGCGCAACUAUGAGUUGGCUAACAAGAAGGGAGAGCGCAAGUUGGACUACCGUUUCAAGAACGGAACCACAUCCGUCCUGCACACCAAUAUUAAGGAUCUGCUUGUUACCGAGCGUGUCCAGGUCGUGCCCAUGGAGACUUCUUAAAGCGAUUUCCUUUUCUACUUUUCGUACAUUUAAUAUAAUAGAGCUUUGGCUGGAUCUACUUGGAGUGGUUCAAUAAAGGAAGCCAUGCUUCAACUCAA